UAAAACUUACUUUUUAAAUGUUGAAUAAAAAUAAUUCAAACUUCUGAUUUUUUAUGGAAAAAGUUUGUCGAUCGAUAAAUUAGAACAAAUGGAGGAAAUUAACAUAUUUUUUAUUCAUUUCAAAGAUCUUAUUUGGAAACAGAACUUAACGAAAAAUAAUAAUAGUUUGAUUUAACUUGUUCUUUCCUUCUUUGUGUCAAGCAUUAUACUGAAUCUAUAAUUAUAGUUACAUUGUCUUUGCUACCCUCUUCACUGCUUUAAAGAGAAAUUUUAAUAUUCCUACGCCUCCCGAUCUAUAGAAUUGAGUAAAACGUAAUUAUAGGUUAGAAAUAAUAUCAUGGAACAGAUGAAUUUUUAAUAAAUCUUUUAUUCCUUCUGUAAAGGGUGACAAUUAUUUUUAACGAUUUUUAUUAUCUAGAAAAGGAUGUAAGUCGAUUGUCGUUUUUUAGAAUUGUGUUUCUAUAGUCAGUCUUCCAACGUCCUUCUUUGUAUUUACUUCGUUUUGAUAACAGUAAAUUGUAAAUUAAAAAAUUUUCAAUUUUAAACAAUUUUCAAUUUUCAAAUUUAAUCAUUCAUUUAUUAUUUUUUACUCUUGAUCGAAAUUUACAAUAUUCAAAAAAAUAAUUCUGUAAUUAUAACUAAAGCGUUUAAUAAUCUUAGAAUGAUUAACGUUAAAAUCUUUCGGAAAGAAGAAUGCUGCCGAACUUCAAUGGUGUUCUAUAAAAAGAAAUUUAUUUCAUUAAAUUUUUUAAUAUUAAUUAAAUAUGAUGUUUUCUAACAUAUAAUAAUAAAAAUAUUAUUUUAACUUUACCACUAGUAGCAACUGAUUCGGCACUAUUCUCAUCAACUUCAAUGAAAACUUUUUGCAAAAUUUUAUUCACAAAAGUUGGUGAGUUUGAAAUUCGGUUGAAGUUGGCUGAUUUGGAAAAAAUCGAUUUUAUACCCAUCUACAAUAUAAGAAACAUCUCUUGUGACACUAAGAAAAGAGAAGCGCCUUAUCAAUAUAUGGCUAUAGAGGAAUCACCGUUUGUGGCCGUAGUGACAGUACGAAGAAAUGAGAAUUGUAAUAUUGACGAUAAAUAUUGUGGAGCCACUAUUUUGUCUGAGCAUUGGAUCCUUUCUUCAGCUGAAUGCUUCAGUACAAUAAAUGAAAAUGAUGAUGAGGAUCUUGAUUACUUUUGUCCUAAGGAUAUUUUUAUUGCUACGAAAGUAGAUGCUAUUCCUCCUGACACUGACAAAGUGACUCAUAAAAUUGAGAAGGUAGUUCUAGGAAAUAACAGUAUCAGUGUUAAUUCUGAAAAUUUCGCUUUAAUCAAAUUGAUAAAGCCCAUUAAUUUUGAUGAGUCCCAAAAGCCAAUUCAAUUAGCAAAACCAACCGAGAAACCGGAAAACAUGAAUUGUCUGGAAUUAACUGGAUUCAAAUUCAAUAGAAAGAUCGAAACGGAAAAUUUGGGAAGCGCUUUUAUAUCGAUAACAAACGCGUGCUACGAUAGACUUCCGGAAAUUAAAAAUGACUGCUUCUGCACAACUGAAUAUAAUUACAAUUCCAGUGAGAAUUAUUCACACUUUCUUCCUGGCACUUCUGUUGUGUUCAAUAACAAAUUAGUGGGUUUUGAUCCCAAUUCUGUAACGUAUAUUAAUUCGGAAAACAUUACUUAUGCAAUAUUUAUUAAUACAGCUGACAUGUACGAUUGGAUAAUGAAGACAAUACAAAAUUAAUAAUUCUGGAAACAGAAAACGA